AUGAGGAAUUGUUCUCAACCAUGGUUGAUUUUACUAGUCAAUCUUCUUAUGGCAUUAAGCAUACAAUACUCACAAGCAUAUUCCAGUCAAAGUAAGAUCAAAUCUGCUGUUUUUCUGUCACCAAAAUUUGUGCUAGGACCAGGAUCUGUUGAGAAUAAAUUUUAUUACAACAUCGAUUUUCCAAGAGGUCAUGUAGUUCUCAAGAGUUUCAACGCAGAAGUAAUUGAUGAGACAGGGAACCCUGUUCCCCUUCAUGAAACCUAUCUCCACCAUUGGGUUGUUGAAAGAUACUAUGGACGUGUUGACUACACCGGUAACAGGGAUCUUCGUGAAUCAGAUUAUAAGCCUGUGAGAAAUGCUGGCAUAUGCCAGAAAGGCGUUCUUGGGCAGUAUUUUGGCCUUGGAUCUGAAACAAGAGGAACAGAAACAUAUAUUCCAGAUCCUUAA